CAUGGCUAUCAGGGCGAUACGGGGGUACCGUACGGUCUCCCACGCGGCAGCCUCAUUGGUGGCCGAGAUGCCCCCCCUCGAGAUCCUGGCGGCAGCACACGCUCAAACGUAUGAGCGCGUCGCAGGACUCAAAGCCGGGGGGCUCCCGGUAACGAAGAGGAUGAGGAGACUCCUCAGCCUCCAGAUAAAGAGGGCGGCGAGGGAGGAAUGGCGGACCUGGCUCGGGGAGCCAAAUCGCGCAGGCCAGCGCACGGUCCAAGCCAUCCUCCUCCGCCUUGACGAGUGGCUCAACCGCUCAUGGGCACGGGCGUCCUACAGGACGACGCAGGUACUCACCGGACACGGCUGUUUCGGUGAGUACUUGCACAGGAUAGGGCGCGAAUUAACCGCGCAGUGUCACCACUGUGACGAGGAGAGGGACUCGGCGCAGCACACCCUGGAAGUUUGUCCAGCGUGGGCAAACGAGCGCCGAGCCCUCUCCAAUAUUAUUGGUGCGGACCUCUCUCUCCCGAUGGUCGUCAAAGCCAUCACGGAGAGAGAGGUGUCUUGGAAGGCGUUCUCCUCCUUCUGCGAGCAUGUGAUGCUGCAGAAGGAGGAGGCUGAGCGAAUCCGAAGGGGGGAAGCCGACCCCCCUGCUGGAUCCCAACAAGGUGGAGUAGGCGUGCCCAGAAGAGGUGCACGCCGACUACCGGCCCAUCUCAGGGCCUGGAGGUAAC